UUACAAACAAUGUGCUUUCCAUGUUUAUAUCAUUCACACUUAAAAGGGAUGCUGUUCGGCGUUUAUUGGAUUUACCCGAAACUGUUGCGUACAAUAAAUCUGGAAAGGCAGAACUUAAACAAGCUUACCAGGAAUGGGCAAGCAAUGCUGCUAAUCAAUGGUCUUCACGUAAAAAUAUCAGACAAGAGGAUUAUGAACAAUUUCAAAAAGCGGGAAGGGGAAAACCAAUUCUUUUAGUAGAAAAUCGAGAAUUAGAAAAUGAAGAGAAACCAAAAUUGGCGAUUAAGAAAACAAUUUAA